AACUCCAUGUCAUCGAGGUAAAAAUCUGGUACAGUAAACGCUCUUAUCUUAACUUAACACGAAGACCGAAUAACAUGAAUUGACACAUUUAAAUAUAUUAUAUAAAUGUACAUGCACACGAGUUAUAAACUAAGCACAUUGCAAGUGCCGUUUUAAUAAUUAUUCAGGAAGAUCAACUUUAAACUUAGAAUGACAGAAGCUUUGGAUUUAACCAAGGAUUAUACUAAAGAAGACCAGGAUAGUGACAAAUCUACAACCCGGAAGCAGCAGAGAAAGAAAGCACCAAGGACCGGUUCAGCACCAUACGCCACCGUACCACUUCCGCCUUGUAAGAUAUGCGGAGGAAACUCGACCGGAUAUCAUUUCGGGGCGAUCACGUGCGAAGCUUGUAAGGCAUUUUUUCGGCGAGCAUUGAUACAUAAGCAAGAGUAUAAAUGCACAAAAAAUAGCGACUGUGAAAUAGUAGUAAAGAGGACAGGAAACUGUUCAGCUUGCCGGCUGAAGAAAUGCUACGAUAUUGGAAUGUCGGAAGGAGGUGUACGCAAAGGCAGGUAUUCUAUAGCAAUAAGAACGAGGGCAAUCGUUGAGGCUAAAGCCUCGGAGGGAAAAAGUCCAGUAGCCAUAGCGUCAAGUGAUGAAACACAUGAGAGGUCUGACACUAGUUCGCCAUCGUCAUCUGUGUCAUCACCACCUUCAACGAUUAGUCUUCUAAGAAGAGAAGCUUCAGACAACCUCAGGUCUCAAGCGUCUAACAACCAAUCGCCUGCCGGCUCACCUGACCUAGAUUUUAGACGUAACAUUGAACUCGAGCUCUUGAUUGACGCCCUUGUGGGAUGCCAGGAUGCUGUCUACCCCAACCUUGCACAACAAUUUGAGAGAGGUAACAUCUUGCAAGCACAGCGCCAGAUAUUUGAAGCCAAUAAAAGUAAAGAGGAAGUGUUCGGCAAGCUGUUCGGGAUCGCUAAUGACGUCACGAGGGAGGAAUAUCAGCAAAUAUUUGCCGAGACUGGUAUAGAUUUAGACGACAGACUGUCCCAUUUUAAUGCUAAAGGCAAAUCAAUGGAAGACGAGAUAUCGCAAUAUGUCAACUUUACAAAAAUAAUACCUGGAUUUAAAAGCUUGCAUCCAAAAGAUGUGUCCAACUUAUUAAAAGCAUGUCACUGCGAGUUCUGGUUGUUUGGCAACUAUUCACUGUUCAAUAAAGAUCUAGGAACGGCCAUAAGUAUGCAGGGGACAUAUAAAUCAACGAGGAAAGUAAUGGAAAAGUUUUUGUCGCCAGAAUGGGUUCAAUCGGUAUUCAAAAUAGCUGACAUGAUACAGCAGUUAGAGUUAUCCUUAGAGGAGAUCGUGUUAAUCAGAGUUAUCCUUCUUACAUAUACAGAUCGUUGCAAAUUAAAAGACAGAGAAAAGAUUCAAAUAUUACAAGAGAAAUUUCUGGAUUGUUUAAAUUAUCAGUUGAUGAAAUCUCACAAAGACUACAAUCGCUAUGUUUAUAAAAUAUUUGACAUUUUACUAAGACUUCGAGAUUUAACUGAGCUAAAUUUUAAAGUUAAUCAAAAGUUUUUACAGGAAUGGGGAUUUGCUAUACACGAGUUUCCUUUGUGGAAAGAAAUGCUGUCUUACGAAAAUGAUGUUUAGAACACAUGUAUUAAAGAGAUGAUUUUUAAAGUUUUGUUUAAGAAAAAAAUUGUUGCUUACAGUUACUUUGAAGUUACCGACUUUUAGAGAUGUAAUAAAUAAACUGCUUUUGCCAUUUAUUUUUGCCAAAUGUUGUUAAGAGUGAUAUUAUUGGAAAUCAUAUUGAAAUAUUUUUCUAUAUUAUGAUAUAUAUUAUUAUAUUAAAUAUUUAUAAAAUGGUUCCUGAAGUAACUUGUCAGCUUUUUUUGCAAUACUGAAAAAAAUCAAAUACACAAGCUUGUGUAUCUUGUUUAAAAUUUAUCUUUUAUUUUUACAUGUACAUUUUACUACGCAUAAUUAAAGUUCAUGCUCAAGUGGUACUUGUUUAACGCAUAAGAAUAUGUAAAAGUAUAUUAUGUUUUAAUGUCAAAUAAAAUGGAAAUCUCUGA